AUGAGCAUUUAUCGCAUCGGCAUAGAGUAUCUUUUCCUUGUGUUAACCAUCUUUCAGAUUGUUUCAUGCUCAAGAAGACAGAGUCCUAAGUUUUCAGCUAAUUCAAUAAAUAGCAAAGUAAAUAAUGAAUUGAGCAAUUUUUUCACACAGCUGUAUAACAUGGAUGAAAAUGCAGCAAUCGAAGGCAAAGAUUAUAGACUGAAUUUACAAGGUCAAAUCCCUAGCGGUCAAGAUUCACUUGAUAAUGCACCUAAACCACUCUUUGAAUACGUUGAUGAGGCUGCGCUCUUAAAGAGACCAACAUUUUCAAGCUUUAUUUCCUUGUUGGAUAAUUACAAUCCUAAUGUUGGUGUCAGUGAAACUGUUACACCGCAGCAAUCAAAAGAAGAGGAUAAUUUUAUUAAAGAACUACUUAAAACAAAUAUCAUGAAAACGACUUAUGAAUUUCUAUCAAAAAAAGGAAAAAUAUCAGGAUCAUUAGAUGAUUUUGGGAAAAUAUUGAAAGAUCUUUGGUUUAAAAGAUACAACCGAAGAAGCCCUGGAGAUUCAUCUGCUUUUGAGCAUGUAUUCGUCGGUGAGCACAAAGGGACUACUGUUCUUGGAUUGCAUAACUGGAUCCAGUUUUAUCAAAAGGAGAAGAAAAAUCAGAUAAAUUAUUCUGGAUGGAAAAAACGGGCAUGUAACAAUAAACUGCUAAGUGUAACAUUUGUCGAUCAAAAGAAAUAUAAAAAGCCAAUGGGAAGUGUUUUCAUAGGAUCAUCUCCAGAAUUUGAAAUAGCUGUUUAUACAACUUCAUUUCUAUUACAUGCUAAGUCAACAACUGAUGUCCUUAUAGCUAACUGCAAACUACGCAUAACAUGCUAUAACUUAGCAACCAACGAAAUGAGUACCUGUUACAUGGGAUAA